UGACUCGCCUCGUUUCGUCCUUAAGCACGGGCCAUUAGGACGGGUGUGUCAGCAAAACUCCAAAACAAGAGGAAAUGGCGGCACGCAAACUUGUUCUCGCUGUGUGUGUCGUCCUCGUCGCCGCAUUUUUCCCGGGCUGCGAUGGCCGCGGAAGCGGAGCCCCCACCUCGGCUUGCACCAGCAUGAGCCCGGGACAUCUAAACAAUGGCACCGCGGUUACUGAGCAAAGCUCCGCCAGUCCUUACUCCAUCGUAGUGGGGGAUAAAUACACCCCGGGGAGGACCUUGUCAGUUCAAAUCGUGGGCCCAGUGUUCAAGGGGUUCCUGCUGCAGGCCCGCCGACCCGGGAUGACCUCGCCUGUCGGGACCUUUUCCAGCCCGCCCACCGACACCAAGGCUAUAGAGUGCACCGCUGCCGACAGUAGCAUGACUCACGCUAACACCAACCCCAAACAGAACAUCACCCUGACUUGGACCGCUCCGUCGACUGGCGUGGGAAACGUGCAGUUCGUUGCGACUGUUGCAGAGGAGAAAGUGACGUAUUGGAUGAACAUCCAGUCACGCCAAGUCAGGCAAGCGAGCGGCGCCAUCUUUGCCCAGCCUACCUUCUACGUCAUCAUACUCUGCCUCCUCCAAUCAGCGUACGUGAUGGCGAAGUAGAUCACGUGAUGCUGAAGUAGAUCACGUGACCGCGUCAUUCUGCCAGUGACGCCAACAUUUAGAGAACAAAAUCCAUCAACGGAACCGCGACUUUCUUCUACUCUGUUCCUCUCUCCUUUGCAUGUAUUGAGCUUUUGCUUUUGCUUUAUGUCUUUUUUUUACUCAUGUCAUUUUUGUAUGUUUUUCCUUUUUUCUUCUCGUGUCGCUCUUGCAGGUCUGUCUUUUUGUACUGAUGUCAAAUAAUUUAGUUUAGAUUUGAAAUAAAGUUAGUGUCGCCUAAGAUAAAUUUACCAGCAAUACCUUCGAGGAUACAAAUUUCAUCUAUGCAA